AUGCAACCACGACCCGAUCCCAUCCCCUCCCCCGGCCUUCGCAGCCCCUUCCACCCGCCGGGGCCCCCAGGGGACGUGCGGGAGAGCGGCAGAGCCCCCCGAGGCCGGGGUUAUCUUCACGUUACCGCCGACCCCUCUGCCUAUCGCCCGCCCCCCAGCGCGGUGCCCAGGCCGGGGCGGGCGGCGGGGCGCAUCCCGCGGCGCCGCUUCCUGCGGGGGUGCGCAGGGCGGCCGGGAAACUUUCGGAGGGAGCCACUUCCUCGCCCGGCCCGGCCCGGCGGGGGGAGAUGUCAGAUGGCGGGAGGGAGGGGUGAAGGCGGGGAAGCGCCAACCGCAGCUCCCCCCGCCGCAGGACGGCCAUUUAGGCCGUGGGCGAGGGGCCGGCGGGAGCGGCGGCCGGGAGGAGGCGAUGAGCCGCGGCGGAGAGAGCUGACCGGCCCGGCUGUCCCGCUCGCCCCCGCACUCCGCCCCGCUCAGGGCUUCCCCGCGGCGGCGGCUGCUCCAGCCACCCGCCUUUCCAGUCAGGGAGCGCUAGAGGGAGCGGCGGGAGGGUUAAGGCAGAUGCCUGAGUUGGCCAGUGUUGUUCGUGGUUUGGCAUGUGUGCAGGUCAGAUGUACAAUUGCCUGCACUGAGGAUUGCAGUUCAAAAAAUGUAACUGCAGAAACAGGAGCCAGUAGUAAUGAUAAUUUAUCAGUAAAUUCUACAAGUGAGAACAAAACCUAUGGAAGUAGAUUAGCUAGGGCUGUGCCACUAUUCGACAGCGCAAAAAGUGGUCAGGACAACGUAACACGGGACAGCCCAGUCUAUGAUCUCAAGGCGGAAUAUGUUGGUGUGACUUCUGUCAAAUUAACAUGGAAAGUGAACGACGCUGCUUCCAGCUCCUACACAUACAGGAUAGAGGUUGCAAAUGCUACCACCUCUGUUCAGAACCUGACGUCCAAUGACACCCAAUUUGAAAUUACUGAUUUAAUUCCUGGGACAUUGUAUAAAUUCACAGUAUUUGCAACAGUGAACAACGGUCAGACGGAAGGAGAAGGAGCAUCCAUAGACCUGUAUACAAGGCCCAGCCCAGUCCAUGAUCUCAAGGCAGAGUACGUUGGUGUGACUUUUGUCAACUUAACGUGGGCAGUGAGUGACGCCGCUUCCAGCUCCUACACAUACAGGAUAGAGGUUGCAAAUGGUACCACCUCUGUUUGGAACCUGACGUCCAACGUCACCCGAUCUGAAAUUACUGAUUUAAUUCCUGGGACAUUGUAUACUUUCACAGUAUUUGCAGCAGUGAAUGACAGUCAGACGGAAGGAGAAGGGGCAUUAAUAGACCGUUAUACAAGGCCCAGCCCAGUCCAUGAUCUCAAGGCAGAGUACGUUGGUGUGACUUUUGUCAACUUAACGUGGGCAGUGAGUGACGCCGCUUCCAGCUCCUACACAUACAGGAUAGAGGUUGCAAAUGGUACCACCUCUGUUUGGAACCUGACGUCCAACGUCACCCGAUCUGAAAUUACUGAUUUAAUUCCUGGGACAUUGUAUACUUUCACAGUAUUUGCAGCAGUGAAUGACAGUCAGACGGAAGGAGAAGGGGCAUUAAUAGACCGUUAUACAAGGCCCAGCCCAGUCCAUGCUCUCAAGGCAGAAUAUGUUGGUGCAACUGCUGUCACCUUAACGUGGGAAAUGAACGACACAGCUGCCAGCUCCUACACGUACAAGAUACAGGUUGCAAAUGGUACCACCUCUGUUUGGAACCUGACGUCCAACGUCACCCGAUCUGAAAUUACUGAUUUAAUUCCUGGGACAUUGUAUACUUUCACAGUAUUUGCAGCAGUGAAUGACAAUCAGACGGAAGGAGAAGGAGUAUCCAUACUCCGCUAUACAAGGCCCAGCCCAGUCCAUGCUCUCAAGGCAGAAUAUGUUGGUGCAACUGCUGUCACCUUAACGUGGGAAAUGAACGACACAGCUGCCAGCUCCUACACGUACAAGAUACAGGUUGCAAAUGGUACCACCUCUGUUUGGAACCUGACGUCCAACGUCACCCGAUCUGAAAUUACUGAUUUAAUUCCUGGGACAUUGUAUACUUUCACAGUAUUUGCAGCAGUGAAUGACAAUCAGACGGAAGGAGAAGGAGUAUCCAUACUCCGCUAUACAAGGCCCAGCCCAGUCCAUGAUCUGAAGGCAGAGUACGUUGGUGUGACUUCUGUCAACUUAACGUGGGCAGUGAGUGACGCCAAUUCCAGCUCCUACACAUACAGGAUAGAGGUUGCAAAUGGUACCACCUCUGUUUGGAACCUGACGUCCAACGUCACCCGAUCUGAAAUUACUGAUUUAAUUCCUGGGACAUUGUAUACUUUCACAGUAUUUGCAGCAGUGAAUGACAGUCAGACGGAAGGAGAAGGGGCAUUCAUAGACCUGUAUACAAGGCCCAACCCAGUCCAUGAUCUCAAGGCAGAGUACGUUGGUGUGACUUUUGUCAACUUAAUGUGGGCAGUGAGUGACGCCGAUUCCAGCUCCUACACAUACAGGAUAGAGGUUGCAAAUGGUACCACCUCUGUUUGGAACCUGACGUCCAACGUCACCCGAUCUGAAAUUACUGAUUUAAUUCCUGGGACAUUGUAUACUUUCACAGUAUUUGCAGCAGUGAAUCACAGUCAGACGGAAGGAGAAGGGGCAUUCAUAGACCUGUAUACAAGGCCCAGCCCAGUCCAUGAUCUCAAGGCAGAGUACGUUGGUGUGACUUUUGUCAACUUAACGUGGGCAAUGAGUGAUGCCGCUUCCAGCUCCUACACGUACAGGAUACAGGUUGAAAAUGGUACCACCUCUGUUUGGAACCUGAUGUCCAAUGACACCCAAUUUGAAAUUACUGAUUUAAUUCCUGGGACAUUGUAUACUUUCACAGUAUUUGCAGCAGUGAAUGACAGUCAGACGGAAGGAGACGGGGCAUCCAUAUAUCUGUAUACAACUCCUUUGCCAGUGAAUUCAUUUCAGUGUGAAUCAGUAGCCAACCAGUCUGUCCUAAUGCUGAAGUGGGAAUGUCCUUUUGGUAACAGUUCUGACUUCAGAAUUUUCAUAUGUAAAGAUGAAUGUAAAGUACAACAAAUUUCAUCAUCCUGCAUGGAAGAAGGAUCAGAGCAAACCAUCCAAAUAGCAUCAUUAGAAUAUUUCAGCACCUAUAAUGUUGCUAUUGUAACUCUUUCAAAUAUUUCUGAAAGCUCUGCAGUACAGAAAAUGUGUAAUACGAGCAUUACUGACCCCCCUGGCCCAAGAGAAGCUCCUUUAGUUAAGGCUAUCAGUCACAACUCGUUGUCUGUUCAAUUCUCGGAUUUUGAUUCAAAGCAUGGACCAUUAAAAGCCUAUGCAGUAAUGAUCACAACAGAAGAACAAGAUUGUAAGUCUUUGAAGUCUAAAUUGAACAACACGUACCAAGAGUUCAAGAAGAAGAUGGUAUUCACCUAUGUGACAUAUGUCGUAGAUCCCCAGCAGGCAAAAUCACCUUAUUUCCAUUCUCAAAACGGUACAAACAUCAUUAAUGUAGGCAAGGGAAACACAAUGUAUGGCUACGAAAAUGGACCGUUGUUUCCACUUCAUUCAUACAGGGCAAGUGUUGCAGGUUUCACUAAUAUUAACUUUACUAUGACCAACACCAUUGCGGGGGAAGAUAGUUAUGUAUCGUUUUCACCCUGUUCUGAGGCAGUUGUGCUACCCCAGGAUCCAGGUGUUAUUGCUGGAACCGUUAUUGGAUGCCUUUUAGCUAUCUUGGCCGUAGUCACUAUAGGAGGUUUCAUAAUCUGGAGAAGGAGAAGGAAAGAUAAAAGAAAUACUGAAGUGUCCUUUUCUCCAAUUAAAAUCAAGAAAUCAAAAAUGAUCAAAGUAGAGAACUUUGAGUCCUAUUUUAAGAAGCAGCAAGCUGACUCCAACUGUGGUUUUGCUGAAGAGUAUGAGGAACUCAAGUCUGCUGGUGUUCAUCAGCCCAAAUUCGCUGCUGAGCUUCCUGAUAACAGGGGAAAAAAUAGAUAUAACAAUGUCUUACCAUAUGAUAUUUCUCGUGUUAAACUUUCAGAACAAAACUGUGCAAGUGCUGAUUAUAUUAAUGCAAACUAUAUGCCUGGCUAUAACUCAAAGAAGGCAUUUAUUGCUGCACAGGGUCCUUUACCCAACACUAUAGACGACUUCUGGCGCAUGAUUUGGGAAAAGAAUAUCUACUCUAUUGUUAUGUUGACAAAAUGUGUUGAACAAGCUCGGACAAAAUGUGAGCAAUACUGGCCAGACAAAGAAUCCAAGAGCUAUGGUGACAUUAUUGUGACAAUGGUCUCGGAGAUUGCCCUUCCAGAAUGGACAAUAAGGGACUUUACUGUAGAAAAGUCCAACACAACAGAGAGCCACACAGUGCGCCAGUUCCAUUUCACCUCUUGGCCAGAUCAUGGAGUGCCAGAGACAACAGACCUUCUCAUCAACUUUAGACACCUCGUUCAUGAAUACAGCAGUCAAAAUCCAAUUGACUCCCCUACUCUGGUGCACUGCAGUGCUGGUGUCGGGAGGACGGGGACCUUCAUUGCCAUUGACCGCCUGAUUCAGCAGAUUGAAAUGGAGAACACCGUAGAUGUGUAUGGAGUGAUAUAUGAUCUUCGCAUGCACCGACCUCUAAUGGUGCAGACUGAGGACCAGUAUGUCUUCCUAAACCAGUGUGUCAUGGAUAUUAUUAGAUCCCAGAAAGAAAAGAAAACCGAUCUUAUUUACCAAAACACGACAGCAAUGGCAAUCUAUGAAAAUUUCACUCCUGAGCCAGGCUUCGGGAAGGCAAAUGGCUACCACACAUAGUCUGGAAGGAACGCAGUGUCUCCAGAAGGUGUUACCUGUGCAUAGGAAAGGGAGAUGUUCUACUUGUGUUUUCCAGGAUUGUGUGCGGUGUCUCACGUCUGGCUUCUGCAGUUCUUUCCGCAUUCGAAGAUGUGAUCUGCAGGAGGAAAAACACAAUGCUGGCAGGAGCCACAGAUUGAUAUUGAAAAAAAAACAAAAACAAAAAACAACAAACAAACAAGCAAAACUAUUUAAGGUUAACAGAGGAAUCUUGCUUUUUUUGGGGGAAUUUAACAGUGCUGAUAGGUGAAAUAGCAUUUACAGUAUGAACAGUGAACUAGAAUUUAAAAAUUAAAAUAAUAACAAACUUUUUAUUACAAUUUUAUAUGAUUUCAUUUACAGAUACCAGGCUUGUGAGCUGUUUUAAUAUAUUUAAUUAUAAGUUUCAGGAACUUAUUUUAUCUACUGUAUCUGGUUACUUAGCUAAUAGAUAUGUGCCUCUGUGAUCUAUUUUUUUUCUGUGUUCCUUUUUAUUUAAAAAAGGAGUACAAACAGCUCCUUCAAGUGGACAUUUAUACUUGGAAAUUGUGCCUUUUCUAGUUGCUACUCUAGAAAAAAAACAGCAGAGAUUCUAUUUUUGUACUGAAACUCUUAAGAGAACACAGAUUUUUAAAUAAGGCUUAUGUCAAAUUUAACUGUAGUUGCACUGUUGGCAGGACUCUCCAGAAGUUUGGAGGUGAGCUUUGUUUUUGCAUUUCACCACAAAUAUCCCCUGCCUUAAUGUUUCGGUGCCUCUGCUAGAGGGAAAGGAGUGUGGUCUGUCACUCCGAGCUUUAACUGUAGUUUAAAAAAAAACACCUAAGCAAGUGAAUAUGUGAAUGUGUGUGCGGGGGUGUAUGGGGGUGUGUAUGAAGGACAGAAUAGCUCCUCCCUGUUCCUGGCUGAUAUUCCUGUUUUUAUACAAUUUAUAAUGAUUUAUUUAAAGGUGCAAUAUAUGAUUUACUGAAUAAUGAUCACUCUAUUCUAAUAGAGUUUUACUCAGGUUGGUGUCUUUUUAUCAUUGUUGUUGUUUUUCCUCAAAUAUAUAAAUCUGUGAAAAUGUUGAACUAAGGUUCCAAGUGUCCAAGCACUCCCAAACAGAUUGACUGGCUUUACUCUUUCUGCCAAAACACAUUGCACAAAAUUCUGCUGUAAAGACCAAUUUUUCGGUUGUUUUAGCCAUUCAAAACUGAGACACAUCUUACCUGCAUGCAUCUCAUUGAUCUAAUGUAAUUGUUUUAUAAUUAUUUGCAAUAUACUGCUGCUGUUGUUUUAACUGAUCCUUUUAGAAACAGAACAAACAAGCAGAAAACCCCUAGUUGCUGAUUUUACAAGUCAGGGAUUAGAUUGGAUUUAUUUUGCUGGUACAUAACUGUUAGACUUAUGAAGGCAUUACCAAUGAAGGACUUCCUAAGUACCUGGAGGGGGGGAGGGGGUGGUUUUUGGUCUUCGGAUCAUUGCACUGGUUGCAUUGCAGAGGAAUAUGAAGUUUAUGAAUAAUGCUAUAGAAUAGCUAUAAAGUGGUGAAAAUCUUAUGAAGGUUUAAUAACCAGAAUCCCUGGAAUUCUGCUGCUCUUUUUGUUUGUUUGUUUUUUGGUUGUUUUAGCAGAGUUGUCAGAAAAAGCUACAGAUACUAGGAGUAUAUGUGGCAUUACAGUGGAACCUGGCAACCUUGCAGAAUCCACUGUAAGCUGUAUGAAAAUGUAGGAAUUCCUGGUGCACACUGUAACUUUACAGAUAUCCAGAGGAAUUUUUUACAACCUGGUGUGAAAUUGUGGUGUGCUGUGAGCAAAACUGGAGGACAAACCACAGUGCGCUUCGGCUCUCUUUUUUUUUUUUUGUUGCAGCCACUUGUGUGUUAUUGAAUUUUUUUCUUUCUUUCUCUGAAAUACUUUAAAAGAAAAAUUGAAAAAAAAAAAAAAACAAAAGCAACCUUAAACGCAUUAAUGAUCCUGCCCAGCUCUGUCUAAACUGGCAGUUCACGUAGUGGAUCUAUCACCCAGCAUUCUUACUAAGCUGCUGAUAAAUGACAAAUAAAGAUAAACCAUUGGGACCAAACAGAACCAUUCCAAAGGAACUGGGAGGGAGGAAAGUCUGCCCCUUAAAGUCACAUUAUUUUUUUUCUCUCUUAGUCUUUUAAUUACUGCACAUCUGUGCAGAGCACAGAGCCAGUAUUCAUUAUUCCAUGUCUCCCAAGAACUUGCUGCCCUAGGGUAGUGAAUGUUCUCUUGCUUCAGAAGGCCCUUGUUUUGUAUAGUACAGAAGAGAGGGAGAUUAAUGUUCUAUGCUAGAUCAUGUGUUUGCAUUCUAUUGCAGCACAGCAUCAGAAAACUAGCUAGAAUGGUAUGUGUUUCUGCCUAACCACUGCCCAGAUACUCAUAUAGAAAACAAACAUAUCUGUUCUAUUGCUUUCAUGUUGGAAGCAGGUGCCAAAUUCUUGCUUGUGUCGUCAUCUAAUGAUCAUCCAUUUUUAAUACAACUGUAUGCAUGUGUUUUCCCAAAACUGAUUCCUUAUGAGAAGAGAUUGAAGUUUGAAGUAAACGACCCGCUGAUCCCAGGUAUAGGUGGAAAAAGUUGGUAAGGUUUAAAAUGUAAACAUGAAGUUGGCCAUAGUGUCCAUGUGAAUAAGUAGGACAUGGCUCAUCAGAUAGCUCUGUGGGAGGAGGAGGAUUACAGGUAAUGCUCUACUACCUUGUGGAUCAGUCUUGGUCAGGGUGACUUAAUUCCUGCAAAUAACUCUUCCCUGCCUUCUGAUGUUCUCUGUUACAAUUGCUGAGAUCUGUCUCUUUGGUCAGUGUUUUCUUGUGUUGUUGCUUAACUAAAGCUAUCCACUUCUCAGGCUGAAAGCUCCACUGUGUGGCAAUUACACCUCCUGCAUUUCUGUUCUGCUCUUUUUCCCAUUUGGGGCCUGCUUAAGAAGGGAAAAGUUGAUGUGUUUCAAAUAAUUGACUGUUGAAUAUCUUGAAAUGAUGUACAAAUUUUAUUGUUUUCAUAUUUGUUGUACAGGAAAUUUCAGCACAUGUCUAUAAUGUUUUUAAUGGUUUGAUUUGUUUUUAAAGAUAUAAAAAUAACAAUUAAAAAGCAUCAUCCUAGAGCA